AUGAACGAGUUCGUGAAGUAUGUGUUCGUAUGUAUGCUAGUUGCACAAAUCGCGCUUCUAAUUACUCGGGCUUACUACUGGAAUUCACCUAAAUCGGAAGUUGGUGCUAAAAAAUUCGUUGGCUUUCGUUUGAAUUAUGGUCGGUUCGGAAAUCAGAUGUUCCAUCUUAUAACUGGAUACGGGAUUGCGAGAACGCUAAAUAGAAAACACUAUUUACCUUUUGAAGAACAUGUCAGAAUACACGUAGAGAAGUAUCUGGAUUAUUUUAAUCAUAUUUUCCCACGUUUGCAAGAAACCUACGUUCUAGCACAGAACGGAACAAACGAAACACUGGUAUCAUUUCCAGGAUCAUGUUGUACUUACGUUGAUCCUGCUAGGUACUCAAAUAACAACGAUGAAUAUUUGCUGCUAAAUUUCAUUUAUGGGCAAAAUCCAAGAUAUUUCGAAAGCUACAUUACAGAAAUUCGUGAAAUUCUUCAAUUCUCUGAGGAAAUGAAUAGAAAUGGAAGUAAGAUCGUUGAUGCUCUGAAAACCAAUCACUCCAACUUUCUCUGUAUUCACGUUCGGGGAACAGAUUUCACGUGGAUGAACGUUUCCACCAAUGUCACUACCACUGCAAACGUUGCAUAUCAACUUGCUAGAAGAAAGAAUAUCUCGCAGUUCAUGAUAUUUGGUGAUGAUCAGCAACUUAUGCUUAAUAUUUCAAAUGCGAUAAUUGCGAAAGGAAUGUGGAAGAAAAACGCUGUCCUGAUUUCUAAAUAUGACGAAGCAAUGGAUAUUUAUAUAGCGUCUAAGAUAUGCAACACAGUUUUGAUGACAGCACUCACCUCAACAUUCGGUUGGUGGAUUGCGUUUUUCAGUCCGGAUCAGAAUUCUGUUUUUUAUGUGAACGACACGCGGCCACAGGCGGACAAAGUACCCAGCAAAGAGCUAUUCUUGAGAUCGUGGCAGGAGUACAGAGAGUAG